AUGUGGUACCUACCGUUGUUUUGGGUGUUCCCGUGGGUCUGGCUACAAUCAGAGGCCCAGCAAAAGAAUUUCCCCUUCCGCUGCCUGCAGAUCUCUUCUUUCCCAAACAGUAGUUGCUCAAGCACAGAUGGCUUGGCCUGGCUGGGGGAUCUGCAAACACACCGGUGGAGCAAUGCCUCGGACACCAUUGACUUCCUGAAGCCUUGGUCCCAGGGCAAAUUCAGUGACCAGCAGUGGGAGCACUUGCAGCGCAUAUUUCAAGUUUAUCGAUUCAGCUUUACCAGGGACAUACAGGAAUUUGUCAAAAUGGUGCCUAAUAUACACUAUCGCAUUGAGAUCCAGUUGUCUGCUGGGUGUGACGCAUACUCUGAAAACGCUUCAGAAAACUUUUUAUAUGCAGCAUAUCAAGGAGAAUAUAUCCUGAGUUUUCAGGGAACUUCCUUUCAGAAGGCCCCAGUUGCCCCACCUUGGACAGAGUUGGUCAUUAAAGUGCUCAAUGGUGAUCCUGGGACAACGGAAACAGCGCAACGGCUUCUGUAUGACAUCUGCCCCAAGUUUGUCCAUGCUCUCCUGGAGGCAGGGAAGCCAGAGCUGGAGAAACAAGAGAAGCCCGUGGCCUGGUUGUCCAGUGGCCUCAGUCCUAAACAUGGUCAUCUACAGUUGGUGUGUCAUGUCUCUGGCUUCUACCCAAAGCCUGUGUGGGUGAUGUGGAUGCAGGGUGAGCAGGAGCAAAAUAGUCCUCAGAGGAGUGACUACCUGCCCAAUGCUGAUGAGACAUGGUAUCUCCGAGCAACCCUGGAUGUGGAGGCUGGAAAGGAAGCUGGCCUGGCCUGCUGCGUGAAACAUAGCAGUCUAGGAGGACAGGAUAUCACCCUCUAUCGGGGUGGCAAACAUUUAUCCAUGGGUAUUAUCAUCGUUCUAGUACUAAUAGUAGUACUAUUAUUAAUAUGUGCUGUAAUCGGUUUUGUGAUCUACACCAAGAAGCACUAACAUCCUGUAGGUCUUCUUUAUACCUGCCUUUCCUGAGACUCAGAC